UUAUGUGCAUGUGUACACUCGACGUUAAGCGAACGGGAGAAAAGAUUAGAAAAAAAAUAACAUUUGGGGCGGAAUUAUCCAUUGAAGGCUGAGUUUCUACCGAUUAAAGUGGAGAUUCCUUGAAGAAGAAACGAUGCCGUUGAAGAACAGGCACUAUCGGAGACAUUCAAGUUCUAGCUCAAGCUCAGAACGCACCAGCCGCUCAAGAAAGAAACAGAAGAGUCGGAGGAAGUCUCACACCAGUUCCUCAUCAUCGUCCAGCAGUUCUCCAAGCCCAGACCGGGGACCAAGUCCAUCCGUCAAGAAGCAUUCCAAGAGCAAAGGGAAAUCCAGGGAAUCGCAGUCACGGUCUCGGUCCAAGAGCCCGGCCAAGAGCAAGAGCAGACGGUCCAAGUCGAAGGACCGAGCUGGGACGCCCUCAGAGAAAAAGUCGUCAAGGAGCAAAGGCCGAUCCAGGACCUCACGCUCCAGAUCGCGAUCCCGGACCCCCUCGCGCAGCAGCAAGAGCCGACGGUCCAGAUCCCACUCCAAGGACCGCGAGGAACGAGAACGGGAACGUGAAAAAGAGCGCGAGAGAGAACGGGAAAGACGCCGUGAGAGGGAGAAGGAACGGGAGAGGGAGAGGGAGAAGGAACGGGAAAGGGAACGAGAACGGGAACGCGAACGGGAACGUGAACGUGAGCGGGAACGUGAACGUGAACGGGAGAGAAACAGGAAAAGGAGGGCACGGUCUAGGAGCAGAGAACGCAAGCGCUCGCGCUCCCGCAGCAGGGACAGACGGCGAUCACGCUCACGGAGUCGCGACCGAAAAAAGCGCCGGUCACGCAGCCGCAGUCGGGAGCGCAGUGAUCGACGACGCCAUUCAGCGUCCCGUAGUCCCCAUCGCAGCAGCGCCAAGCCGGAGGCUGCCCCAGCUGAAGCGCCAAAGGUCAAGCAGGAGCCUGGCACUGCAGAUUUGAAAGAGGCCGAGGUCAAGAAGGAGGCUGGGCCAGAGAUCAAAGAGGAGGUUGACGCAAAGCCGAAGGUGAAAGAAGAGAAAGGACUUCCUCUGGAACAAAAACGUCUGGAGGAAGAGAUGCAGCGAAGACGGGAGCGCAUCGAGAGAUGGAGACAGGAGCGGAAGAAGACGGCUGAGCUGGCUAUGGUCAAGGCAGAGGAACAGCAGCAAGCUGAAGCCGUCGCUCAGUCCAGUGGCAAGAAGUGGAGCCUUGAGGACGACGAUGACGGGGAUGAAGAUGCAGAUGAUGAGGCAGAAGACGAGGAAAUGGACACCUCCACCACAGAACCGAAGCCAGAAGUAAAGACAGAGCCAGAGGACGGCACAGUCAAGCCAGAGCCGGCAGCCACGGAGCCCAAGAGCAAACUAGAGGAGGCUAGGGAGAAGAUGGAAGAGGCUCGGCGGAAGAUGGAGGAGAAGAUCCGUGCCAAGGAGCUGAAGCAGGAACAAGCCGCUGCAGCCGCAGCCGCAGCUGUCAAGGAGGAAGAAAACGACGACAUUGAUCCCCUGGACGCCUUCAUGCUGGGCGUUAACGAGGAAGUCAAAAAGAUCAACCAGAUGGACCGCAAGAAGGUGACCGGAGUGGCCGAGGAUAAGACCGUGGAGUUACCAGCUGGAGACAAGACGGACGGAAAUGGAGAAGUCAAGAAGGCAAAGGUCAGCAUCAUGACAGGGGUCGCCAUCAAGAAGAAAGCCGCUCCCAUCGUCGUGGCUAAACUGACCAAAGGCGAGCUGAUGGAAAACGACCAGGAUGCCAUGGAGUAUUCCUCCGAGGAUGAGAAGGAGAGCAACUUGAUGGACCAGGUGGCUGCCCUGGAACAGAAGAAGAAGAAAGAACUUGCCGCCGUGGACCACUCGAAGAUACAAUACAAACCCUUCAAUAAGAACUUCUAUGUUGAAGUGCCAGAGCUGGCCAAAAUGACGGCCGAAGAGGCAGAGGUGAAGCGAGCCGAGCUCGAAGGUAUCAAGGUGCGAGGGAAGGGUUGUCCUAAGCCCAUCGAUGCCUGGGUACAGUGUGGAGUGUCUAGCAAAGUACUCUCCGUCUUGAAGAAGAAUAAAUACGAGAAGCCGACGCCCAUCCAGGCUCAGGCCAUCCCAGCUGUCAUGUCGGGUCGCGACCUGAUUGGUAUAGCUAAGACGGGCAGCGGCAAAACCAUUGCAUUCCUCCUUCCCAUGUUCAGACACAUCAUGGACCAGGAUGCGCUGGAAAUGAAUGAAGGACCCAUCGCUGUGAUUCUGACCCCUACACGUGAGCUGGCGAUGCAGAUCUACCGGGAAUGCAAGAAGUUUACCAAGUCCCUGGGGCUGAGGGUCAUCUGUGUGUAUGGAGGAACAGGGAUCAGUGAACAGAUUGCAGAGUUGAAGAGAGGGGCUGAGAUUAUCGUCUGUACUCCGGGGCGGAUGAUCGACAUGUUGGCAGCCAACAAUGGCCGCGUGACCAAUCUCCGUCGCUGCACUUAUCUGGUUCUGGAUGAGGCGGACAGGAUGUUUGACAUGGGCUUCGAACCCCAGGUCAUGAAGAUCAUCGACAGUAUCCGGCCAGACCGGCAGACGGUUUUGUUCUCGGCGACGUUUCCUCGGGCCAUGGAAGCUUUGGCCCGUCGCAUCCUGACCAAACCCAUCGAGGUGACGGUGGGAGGACGGAGUGUGGUGUGCUCUGACAUCGAACAGCACGUGAUCAUCAUCGAGGAGGAGCAGAAGUUCCUGAAGUUGCUGGAGCUGCUAGGGAUGUACCAAGAGAAGGGCAGCGUGCUGGUGUUUGUCGAACGGCAGGAGUCAGCUGACCUGCUGUUGAAGGAUCUGAUGAGAGCGUCUUACCCCUGCCUGGCGCUGCACGGCGGUAUUGAUCAGUACGACAGAGACUCUAUUAUACAGGAUUUCAAAAGUGGUAAUGUCUCCUUGAUGGUUGCCACGUCUGUGGCCGCGCGGGGUCUGGACGUCAAACAGCUGAUCCUAGUUGUCAACUAUGAUUGCCCUAAUCACUAUGAGGACUAUGUCCACAGAGUUGGGCGGACGGGACGUGCAGGCAACAAAGGCUUUUCCUACACAUUCAUCAUGCCUGACCAGCAACGUUACUGUGGGGACAUCAUCAAGGCAUUAGAGCUGAGUGAACAGAAGCCGCCGCCGGACCUGAUGGCUCUUUGGACGGAGUACUGUGACCAACAGAAAGCUGAAGGGAAAAAAGUAAUGCGCAACAGCGGUUUCAGCGGCAAGGGGUUCAAGUUUGACGACACAGAACGCGAGCUGGCCAACGAGAAGAAAAAGCUGCAGAAGGCGGCGCUAGGCCUGCAAGACUCGGACGAAGAGGAGGCCGGAAUGGAUAUCGACGACAAGAUUGAGAACAUGUUCGCAGCCAAGCGGCGCGUCAAGGAGGUGUCAGCCGAUGAAAUCUCGGUCUCCUUGCCCAAUCCGACCCUGGUCAAGCCAGUGGACACAGCCAACAUCAACCAGGCCAACCUGCAGCUAGCCAAGAAGAUGGCAGAGCGCAUCAACCGCAACCUGGAGAGCGUCAAGCAAGUCAGCGUAGUGCAGCAGGCGGCUCAAGCUGUCAUGCAGGGCAACACACUGGUAGCACCUGCAGUCUCGGGCCGCACAAUAGCUGAACAGUUGGCUGAGAAGUUGAAUGCCAAGCUGAACUAUGUGCCAAAGGGCACAGACGAGGAUGUAGCCACAGAGAAGGAGAAGCAAAUAUUCCGGAAGUACGAAGAGGAACUGGAGAUCAACGAUUUCCCUCAGACGGCCAGGUGGAAGGUCACGUCCAAGGAGAAUCUUGCUCAGAUCCAAGAGUACAGCGAGGCAGGCAUCACCAUCCGUGGCACCUACUUCCCUCCUGGCAAAGAGCCCAAGGAGGCCGAAGGAGAACGCAAGCUGUACCUUGCCAUCGAGAGUGCUAAUGAACUUGCCGUCCAGAAGGCCAAAGCAGAAAUCACUCGACUCAUCAAGGAAGAACUAAUUAGACUGCAAAACUCUUACCAACCAAUCAACAAGGGACGGUACAAGGUCUUGUGAGGCUUUCCCUGGAGGCACUUGGCAGUCAAGUACAGUUCUGCAUUUCUUUUUGUACAGAUUUAUGGCUAAGGAUCUUUUUUGGGGUUGUCUUUUUUUUUUAUAUCUGCCCGAGUUGCAAGAGCGGGGCAAAAGCAUUGUACAGGUUCACACAUUUGCAUUACAUACUUACAGGAGGCAUUUCUUCAUUUUUGUAUAGUUCAGAAAAUGUCGAGAAAACACUCAUUUUUUUCUUGCUCAGUAUUAAUUACUCUUUUAAGCUGGGUUUUUUUUAUUGAUAACCCUACCCCAAAAUGCACAAUACUGUUUUUCAAAGGGGAAAACCUUAGGUUGGCCUGGAUUAGUCCACGAGGUUCACACAACCUGCAUUAUGUGUGUUAUGUCUUGUUCACAGGCCCACACAUGCAAGAUGACAGCUAGUCAUGAUGGCAUAUUAUAAAAUGAAUCUCUAUGGUCCACAAUACUUAUAUUCUGUUGUAACGUCGUCAAGUGGGAAAUCGGGAAUAUAAUUAUGAUGUGUUUUCAUUAUGAACUUCCGCAUUUCUUAAUCUUUGAUACACAUGUACAGCAGGUUUUAAGAUUUCUGUAAAGUAGUGCAGAACUUAAGAACAAUUUAGAUAUUUCUUGUCCAAAAUAUUAAGAGUGGAAGGCAAAAAAACAAUUGACAAUUUUGAAAUUGGGUCAAGUUCCCCACCCCCCCCACUCCUUCCUCUAGGGCCUUACAAACUCAGUCCAACCAACUCUUGCUAGUUGGGGCCAGAGACAAGUUCGCCAAUAUAAAAGCUUAAAGAAUCAAUAUGUAUGCCAUGAAUUUGGUGAUUUGAAACAAUUUAUUUCAGGGAACUUAAGUACUGAUUUGACAAAAUUCACUUUUUUAUAUUACUCUGUCAGUGAACAAGAAAAUCAGUCACAUGACUUCAGACAUAUAAAGAUAAUACACCACACAAGGCUUUUACCAAAAUACAUAACUGGUUUAUUUGUAGCUAAACAUUCUCUUGAACAAAAUCAGUUACGUGAAAAACCUAUUUUUCAAAAUAUCAUACUUUCUAGUGACAAAAUAGACCAAUACUUUGAUAUUGUGAAAAAUCUCUAGGCAAAAAUGUAUGAAUUAUAAUGGCAAGUGAAUAAAUAGGCAGUUUUUAUGUA